AUGGAUUUGAAGAGUUUACUAGGACCUUCCGCAGAUUCAAGGAAGGAAGUUAAAGAGGAACCACAACUUCAAGUUCAACAGACACCUCAACAACAACAACCUCAGACACAUGACCGUCCAGAAUUGAAACAUCGUUAUUCAUCAAUUACAAGUCUAAUGAACAAUGACGAUGAUCCUCCUCAUUCAUCUUCACCUUCUUCAAACAUUCAUCUCAUGAAUUCACCAGCUGUUGCUGCUAAAUAUCAACAAGCUGGGUCAAAUCCAGUAACGCCAGGAAAUAAACCAAUAGACUUGAUAAGGGCUCGUAAUAGUAUUACAAGCUUGACAAAUGACACAGAUGUUGAUAUUGAUGGUAAAGAAACACCAAAAGCACCACAACAACAAUCGAAUGGUAAAAGACAUUCCAAGAUUGACUCUGAGCUCGGAAAAUUGGAAUCACUUGAGAAAAAUCAAAAAGAAAAUGGCAAAAAAGGUAAACCUAAACGUUAUUCUAAACCACCAAUCUGGGCUCAAAAAUGGGUACCAAAUUUCAAAGAAGAUAGUCAUGUUAAUCACUCAAGUUCAAGAUUCCAGAGAUCCGAUGAUGCUCCUAAAUCUCAUGCUGUUUCAAUAACAGGUGUGAAACCUUAUAAUGAUAUCACAAGAAGAAUUACCAAUUGGAUUUAUGCACAAAUCCACUCAACUCCUAAGGAAUUACGUCAAUAUUUGGAAUUGGAAACAAAAUUUGGUAGAAUUUGGGAUAAGGAAACUGAUAGAAGACUUCAUAUACCCGUUACUACUGAAUCUAUUCUUGAUGAUGGGUAUGCUUUAAAUAUGACAUUCAAAGCUGGAUUGGAUAAGGAUCGUUAUGAAAAGUUGAAAAAAUUCUUGGUUGGAUUAACCAAAAUAAAUAAAGAUAAAUUCAAGACAGUGAAGUUUGAUCAUAUUGACAGGCAAUACAGAGAAGCUCAAAGGGACAAGAUGCCUAAAUUCUAUAGAUUAACUACAGACAAGAGUACGGGGAGACCGGUUCAAAAUAUCGAAAAGAGAAAGUUGGCAAGCUUGUUUAUUCAUAACCCUGAUAUGGUUUUUGACUUUAGAUUAACUAUGAGUAUUGAAUUGCCAAGCCAGGAAAACCCUGAAAGAUUCCAAGAUGUUACUCCAGAAAUUCAAAGACAUAAGAGAAGAACUUCCAUAUUUCAUGAUUUAACUGCAACAAGAUUUGAUAUAACUGAUGUUUUACAAAGUGGUAAAGGUAAAAACUCUCAUGAAUUUGAAUCUUUAGAAGUCGAACUAGAAGUUGAUAUGAUUAAAUUGAUCGAUGCUUAUGAAAAAUUGGAUGUUGAUAGUUUUACAUUUGAAGAGUUAUCUGAAACAUUUAUGGAUAAUGCUAGAAUCUUAAACAGAGAAUUGUUGAAACCUGGUAAAUAG